CAAACAAGAAGAACCAGAGGAUGAUGAUUUCUUGAGUUUAAAAGUUGGGCUUGUCUUUCAAACUUGGGAAGAAUUUAGAUAUUGGAUUUAUAGAUUUGUAUCGAAGGAAGGUUUUGAUUAUAAAAUUAGGACUAGCGAAUUUGAUAAUAUAGACAUAAUAAUUGAUUCAUUUAAAAAUGAGCACAAUCAUAUUCUUACACCUAUGAUUAAUGAAAUUGCAUUUCGAUUUCGAAAGUUGAUUCUUGAGAUGUUAGCUAAUAUUAAAAAGUAUAUGAUUCAAGGCAGGUUGAAUUCUGCAUCAAUAUACCUUUUAAUUAAGUAUGACUACGCUUUAUACCCUUUAAAUAAACAAGAUUUGUACAAUGCUAUUUAUGAUGUUUACCGAAAUAAUAACCUGGGAGAUUCAGAUGCUUCUUUGAUACUUCAAAUCUUGUUGA